CACAAAUUCUAGUUCGUAAUUGUUGUUAAACUGUUUUCCAGAAAUUAUGUUAUAUAAAACACUGGUUUAACUUAGUUGCUGCUAAUAGCUGAAUUCCCGCCAUGGGAAAUACGGAGAGUAAUGUGACCAGUGGCGUCAAGAAGCAGGCCGGAGUGUCCACCCAGGCCCUGUACAAGUUUGUUAAUCUGAAGGGCGGAGGACUACUGGUGGAUAUGAUGAAACGGGCCAUCCAAAACAAACAAUACGCAGAGAUUGAUCACGCCAUCAAGACCAAGGUGGAACCGUUUCUCUACAAUAAGGGCAAAGGCAAGUACAUUCCGGUGGCUCAGCUGGUUCUGCUGCGGAAUUGCGAUAGGCCUCGCUCGAAGCAGCUACCCGAGAUAAGGGCCUUGGAAAAUCCAGAGGAGGAGUUCGACAUUGAUGCUUCGUGUCCGGAGGUGAGCGAGGCGGAGUACCAGCGGAACCCGUCGGGGUACAGGGACGUGUGCUGGAAUCUCAAGGACCGUGGCGCAGUCGGUGAAACCAUUUUGCAUUUAUGCCUGCUGAACGCUACCUCUCUGCAUGCGGAUCUAGCCAAGCGGCUUCUUCGCUUCUACCCGAAGCUGAUCAACGACGUGUACAUGUGCGACGAGUAUUACGGGGAAAGUGUGUUGCACGUGGCCAUUGUCAACGAGGACCCGGCCAUGGUCAAAUACCUACUGGACGCCGGAUCGGAUGUCGACGAACGAUGCUGCGGAACGUUCAUGUGUCCCGAGGAUCAGAAGGCUACCCGGUACGAUUCGAUAGACACGGAAAUCAUUUGCGUACUGCCGAUGACGAAUUACGAUGGUUAUGUUUACUGGGGGGAGUAUCCGUUGAGUUUUGCCGCCUGUUUGGGUCAAGAGGAGUGUUACCGGUUGGUUCUGGCUAGGGGUGCCGAUCCGGAUAAUCAAGACUCGAAUGGGAAUACGGUGCUGCACAUGUUGGUGAUCUACGAGAAGGUGUCGAUGUUCGAUAUGGCCUACGAGGUGGGAUCUUCGGUGCACAUAACCAAUCUUCAAAAUCUGACUCCAUUGACGUUGGCCGCAAAACUGGCCCGGGUUGAGAUGUUCUUCCACAUUAUGAGCAUUGAACGGGAGAUCUAUUGGCAGCUGGGAAGUAUUACUUGUGCCGCUUAUCCGUUAACAUUGAUCGAUACCAUCAAUAUCCAAACGGGAAACAUUCAAAAAGAUUCAGCACUCAAUUUAGUGGUUUUCGGUGAUAAGGACGAACAUUUGGAUCUACUUGAAGGUGUUCUGAUCGAUUUGCUCAAGGUGAAGUGGAACAGUUUCGUGAAAGACAAAUUCUACCGCCAGUUCUGUGUGUUCUUCUGCUACUUUUGCGUAUCACUAAUCAGUUUUACUUUAAGAGAAGGACCUGUCAAGGCGGACGAAGCCGAAGCAAAUCAAACCACCACGAGCAUUCAGCUGAAGAAUAUGACCCUUGCUGAUCUGACGAAUAUAUCUGCAGCAUUGAUAACGGAACUUAAAGGCAAACUGGUCGGUCUUGAGGCCAACGAAACAAGCUUUGAUCCGAACUCGAUCGAAUACAGUAUUUUCUUCGACUCUAAAUGUCCUACCAUGCUCUACGAAGGCGCCACGGGGAAGUUGAGGUUACUUUCGGAAAUCUUUAUUCUUAUUGGAUCGUUUCUGUAUCUCAUUGGAGCACUGCGAGAAUCUCGAUUCUUGGGACGCAAAAUGUUUAUCGAAAAUUUGAUGAUCGCUCCGUCACGAGUUAUGUUCCUAUUUUCCUGCUGCAUUAUGAUGAUUGUUCCGUUCCUAAAAGUGCUUUGCUUCACCGAACUCGAGGAUCACGUGGCCGUGGUCAUCAUGCUCACGACUGCGCCUUACUUUCUCUUCUUUUGUCGUGGCUUCAAAACCGUGGGACCGUUCGUGGUGAUGAUCUAUCGCAUGGUGAUCGGAGAUUUGCUGCGGUUUGUCGUUAUUUAUACGGUGUUUGUGAUGGGAUUUUCGCAGGCUUACUACAUCGUGUUUCUGACCUUUGGUGGCGAGGAUAAUCCGAUGCCCUCACCGAUGGAAUCGAUCGUGGCUAUGUUUCUGAUGUCACUGGCGAACUUCGGCGAUUAUUAUGGAGCCCUGGAGAAUACCGCUCACGAGGGUUGUGCGAAGGUCCUGUUUGUGAUUUAUAUGGUGACGGUUGCGGUGCUGCUUGUCAACUUGCUCAUCGCCAUGAUGGGAAAUACGUACACCAAAAUCGCGGAAACCAAAAACGAAUGGCAACGGCAGUGGGCCCGCAUCGUGCUGGUGGUGGAGCGCGGAGUUCCUCCGUCGGAACGGCUCAAACACUUUAUGGCCUACUCGCAGCCCAUGUCCGAUGGGAGCCGCGGGUUGGUGCUGCGGUUGAACAUGAGCGAUGAGGAAAAGGAAGAAAUGAAAGAGAUCAUGGAGAUGAAACACGUCCACGAGCGGUUGUCAAAGAAGCGCCAGGUCGAACGGGAGGCCCGGGCAGAGAAGCGGCGGCUCAUUAUGGAAAAGUACGCAAAUAUGUCCUAGUUACGUACGCUAGAAUGCCCCCGGUUGGUUCCGUUCUAAACAUAGCAUUAUUAUUAUUAUCGAAAAGAAUUGUUACUCUAUAGCUAAAUUGUUUCCUUUUUAACGAAUAAAUU